AAAAUAUGGUAUUACAAUUCAUCUCAGGACCAUCUGUCCAAUUGCAACUAAUAUAUAUCAUCACAUGCCAGUGUAAGCUAUAGUUCAGUGCAGGGUGUGUCUUGUCUUAAACCAGGUCUAUCUGAUGACUAGCUGCUUCAACGGCGGCGCCGGCUGGCCGGAGCCGGUGGUGCGCGUGCAGACCGUGUCGGACACCUGCGGCGACACGAUCCCCGACCGGUACGUCAAGCCUCAGUCGGACCGGCCGUCGCCCCCUGCCUCCGGCGGCGUCGCCGGAGGCGGCCCGAACAUCCCGGUGGUGGACCUGUCAAUGCCGGACAGCGACGCGACGUCCCGCGCCGUGGCGGCGGCGUGCCGGGAGUGGGGCUUCUUCCAGGCGGUGAACCACGGCGUGCGCCCGGAGCUGCUGCGCGGCGCGCGCGCGGCGUGGCGCGGCUUCUUCCGGCAGCCCGCGGAGGUGCGCGAGCGCUACGCGAACUCGCCGGCGACGUACGAGGGCUACGGCAGCCGCCUCGGCACCGCCAAGGGCGGCCCCCUCGACUGGGGCGACUACUACUUCCUCCACCUCCUGCCGCCGUCCCUCAAGAGCCACGAGAAAUGGCCUUCCCUCCCCGCCUCCCUACGGGAGACGACGGAGGAGUACGGCGAGGAGGUGGUGCAACUGUGCCGGAGGGUGAUGCGGCUGCUGUCGAGCGGGCUGGGGCUGGAGGCCGGGAGGCUGCAGGAGGCGUUCGGCGGGGCGGGCGGGGAGGGAGCGUGCAUGCGCGUCAACUUCUACCCGCGGUGCCCGCAGCCCGAGCUGACGCUCGGCGUGGCGGCGCACUCCGACCCCGGCGGCAUGACCAUGCUGCUGGUCGACGACCACGUCAGGGGCCUGCAGGUAAGGAGCCCCGACGGCCAGUGGAUCACCGUCGAGCCCGUCCCCGAUGCCUUCAUCGUCAACGUCGGCGACCAGAUACAGGUGCUGAGCAACGCGGCGUACAAGAGCGUGGAGCACCGGGUGACGGUGAGCGCGGCGGAGGAGCGGCUGUCGAUGGCCUUCUUCUACAACCCGCGGAGCGACCUGCCCAUCGCGCCGAUGCCGGAGCUGGUGGCGCCCGGCCGCCCGGCGCUGUACCCGGAGAUGACCUUCGACGAGUACCGCGUCUUCAUCCGGCAGCGCGGCCUGGCCGGCAAGGCGCAGCUCGAGUCCCUGAAGGCCAGCAACAAGGCCGCCGCCGCUCCUGUCACAGCUGAUGGCUCGCCCUCUUCCUCUAGCUAGCACAGCUGUACCCUAGCAGCAACCGAGCUACUCCUUGCAAGAUAUAUCAUCUGCCCGCCGCAACCGAGCUGUGCAUAUCAUCACUGGAUCCAUCGUUGAAUAAUUUGAUGUUUAAUUUCUGUGGAACUGUGCAAUGGUGUACAUUAUUCGUCUCGUGAAACUGAAAUUAAAUGUCGUGAUGAGCAGUAAAUUAAAUGUACACAUAUGCAUAUAUAGUAUAUAGAAAAGUGGAGUACUCUUAGCUUGAUGCCAAUUGGUGUUGAGUUGACAAGAGAAGUGUAAGCCAGUUUACCAUGAUCCAAAUUAAUAUAAUAUGGAGUACUCACUUAUUUUCAAA